UUAAGAUUAACCUCCUAUCACACAGUUGGAGAAAUUAUUCCUUUUUUGACUAUUUCACAAAUUUAUCGAAACAUUACUUUCCGGAUGAAUACGAUACAUGUUUGUUAAAAAUAUCUCACAUCUCGCUAGCAGAGUUAACUCUAAGAAACUUAAAAACAAGAAGGUUUCUCACAGAAAAUAAUGGGCCUUCAAAAUUCAAAAAGUGAUAGGGACCAUUCAGGAGAUGACAUCAUUUCAAGAAAAUCAUUGGAAUGUGUAAAGGACAUCAUAACUUUUUUAAAAGAACAUGCUCGUGAAGAGGGUUUAUUUCGGCGAUCAGGACGGCAAAAUUUGAGAAAAAGAAUUCUGAUAGGACUGAAAAAAGGGGAGAAGGCACAUUUUGAUAAUGAUGCUGAUACUGCCUUAGAAUGUGCUGCAGCUUUACGUCUCUAUUUGAGUUGUUUAAAAAAGCCAGUCAUCCCAUUAAGGGUUCAAGAACUGAUUCUUGCCGAUAAUCCUGGAGUAGAAGCUCAGGAAGUUGCGCGUGAUGCUUUGGGAUUGAUUCGCCAAGAUAUCAGUGGACGUCAUGGAGAACUUUUAGCUGAUAUUUUGGGCCUUUUAAGGCACCUCACUUGUUCGGCACCACCCUCAGAAUGCUCAGAAUUACAUGGAUCUCCUUUGCCCAUUGCUCUACUUCCUGUUUUCUUCACUCUUACGCCAGCUGAUCUCAUGAAGUGGAGACAAGUUGCGGCUCGAUUUAAUGAAUUAAUCAAUGAAGCUCCAGAACAACUACGACUGGAUUCGCGUUGUGAAUCAUCAAAUGUGCAAAACAAUCCCUUACCAAAUCCAGAAGAAACUAAUCAAUGGAGAAGAAUGCAAAAUAUUUCCUUUCUUUAUCCUGUUAUCACGCUGGUAAACAACAGAAAUGCCUAUCCAGUUGGAGAAAAUGCCCCAAUUUUUCUGGCACCCCUUCAUCGCCCACCACCUGGUAGACUUCAUUUAGCAAUCUCAAAUCCGACUGGCUAAGGAUCACUAAUAUUUGGCGUCAGCAUAAGUUGAAUACAAUUUUUUUAAGCAUGAAGAAAAAUAAAGUUUGUAUUAAUCAUAAAAGGUCUUUG